GAACUGCACACACCAUGUUAUCCUUCCACCAUGACUGAACCUACAACGGCUACACAACUUCUAUAAGCAAGCAAGCAUAAGCAAUUGCACGUGUUUCAAAAGAUUAUCGUUGCAUCACUAACGACUUAUAAAAGUAAAUGAGAACAAACGUAAUUAAUAUAAUAGCAAGAAAUAUAGUAAUUUGAUUUUUAACUAUACAAAUAGCAAGUAAAAGAAGGAAACAUGUAUAGAUAUUGGAUUAUGCAAGAUUAUAUUUAUAGAUAGUACAGUUAAUAUGUACAUACAAGAAAUAUUGUCUAUAUCAAGCUUUUAUAAAACAUGAUCAUUUUUAUCUACUGAUUCACAUAUAGUCAUAUAUUAAAAUUAAAAAUAGAAAAUCUUAAAUUAAUAUCUUAAUAAAAAGAUCAGUAUCUUUUGUAAAGACAUUUUAUUACAAAAUGGUUAAACAAGUAUCAGAUGAAUCUGCAAAAGAGAUAAAUCUCAUAAAUUCAGAUGACGAGGGAUUCAUUCGCUCUGAUAAUCAGCAAAAAUCAAUUAACAAGGUACAAAUGAAAAAGCAAUUAGGUCUUCUGGAAGGAGUAGCCAUUAUAUUGGGAAUUAUAUUUGGCUCAGGCAUUUUUAUCUCACCAAAGGGAGUAAUACAGGAAGUAGGUAGUGUAGGAUUAUCUCUGAUCAUAUGGGUGCUGUGUGGUCUGCUCUCCAUGGUAGGUGCCUUGUGUUAUGCAGAGUUGGGUACUAGCAUACCACGUAGUGGAGGAGAUUAUGCCUAUAUCCACGAAGCUUUUGGUACAUUACCUUCAUUUUUGUACUUAUGGGCUGCUAACUUAAUUUUUGUACCUACAACAAAUGCUAUCAUGGGAUUAACAUUUGCUCAGUACGUCGUACAACCAUUUUUUCCUAAUUGCGAUACACCGGAUAAUGGUGUGCGAUUAAUCGCUGCGCUAAGUAUAUGUUUACUUACUUUCAUUAAUUGUUAUGAUGUGAAAGAGACGUCAAAGAUGCAAAAUGUAUUCAUGUUUGCUAAAAUAGGAGCACUAGUGAUUAUUAUUGUAGCUGGAUUAGCCUGGCUUUGCAUAGGACAUACGGAAAAUUUUGAGAACAUUUUUGAAAACACGAAUACCGACCCUGGUAAAAUCGCUGUAGCUUUUUACUCUGGCAUAUUUUCUUAUUCAGGAUGGAAUUACUUGAAUUUUAUGACGGAAGAACUAAAGAAUCCUUAUGUGAAUUUGCCACGUGCAAUUUAUAUAUCACUGCCGCUAGUAACUUUAAUAUAUGUUAUGGCAAAUGUUGCGUAUCUAACCGUUUUAAAUCCGACUGCUAUGAUCGCUUCCAACGCCAUUGCUGUGACAUUUGGCAAUCAACUUCUUGGAUAUAUGGCCUGGAUAAUACCUGUAAUGGUAGCUGUGUCCGCUUUUGGAGGAUUAAGUGUUCAUAUUAUGACAUCAUCUAGAAUGUGCUUUGUCGGCGCCAGGAACGGUCACUUCCCUUGCAUGCUGAGCCAUAUCAACAUGUCCAGACUUACACCUACACCUGCUUUAAUAUUUCUGUGUAUUCUAUCCCUUAUAAUGUUAUGCACGAGUGAUAUAUUUGUAUUGAUUACAUACUGCAGCAUAGUAGAAUCAUUCUUCAUCAUGAUCUCUGUAGCUGGAAUUUUAUGGCUACGUUAUAAAAGACCCAAUAUGGAACGCCCAAUCAAGGUACCAUUAUGGAUACCUAUAUUGUUCGUAGCGUUAUGCGCUUUUCUGGUUAUUGUACCAUGCUACGAAAGACCGUACGAAGUUGGUAUGGGCAUUUUGAUUACUAUGUCUGGCAUACCCGCAUAUUUUCUUGGUGUUGCUUGGAAGAACAAACCAUUGUGGUUCCAGAAAAUUAACAUCAAAGCUACUUACGCUGUACAAAAAUUAUUUCUGUCUGCAAGGGAAGAACUCGAAAUCGAUUAAGUAGACAAUUCUACAAAUUCGAUCGACUGUAUGACGUCACACAUGUACCAAAAAAAAAAUUUUGAGAUUUGAGAAUUGAUCUUACAUAUACAUAUAUUAAAAUUGAAAAAAUAUUGAAACUCCAAAAAAAAUAUUUUUAAAAAAUUAAAGAAUAAUAGGUAACUAUAACAUUUGAAAAAUAUUAAUAUCUAAAGACAAAAAAUGAAAACAAAUGAAUAAUUAUAAAAGUAAAAAGAAUGAAGGAAAAGAAAGAAAUUAAAUCGUGAUCUGUAUUGUAAAUAAGAUAGAUCUGAGAAUUGCAUUUUAUAAUUAUUAAUAUUGCCAAAGGAGUGUCUUACGUUUUUUGUGUUUUCAGUAUUAUUAUUCUCUUUAUUAGCAUACUCAUUCUGUGCCGCGUAAAUCAUCCAUGAUUCAUGUUGGACUUCUUGUUUAAACCGUUUGAUAUUUUAAUUAUAAAAAGAAUCGUAAUUAUAAAGUAAUUUCUGACACUAUGCGUGAAUACAUAAUUAAGAUGUAUACAUAACAGUAUUGAUAUGUUAGGCUUUCUUUAUAAUUUUAGUAUUUUUAAGUACAUUAUUAUGAAAUACAUUUUACCUAACAAAAAUAAUAAAAUAUAUACAAAAAUCUGCGUAUCUGCCUGUAACUUACGUGGCAGGCUAGAUAAGUUACCUAAAAUUGGCGCGAUACGGAAUGAGUAUGUGUGUUAAUUAUAUUGAUUAAUUUUUAAUGCUAUUGUAUAUUAAGUAUUUAUAUUAUAAAAUAUUUAUGUAUGAGGAGAAAGUUUUUCGUAAACAUCUAUUGCAAAAACUGUAUUUUGAUAAUGUCAGUAUAUUGCAAUAAAAAAAAAAUUAUAUAUAUAUAUAUAUAUAUAUAUAUAUAUAUAUAUAUAUAUAUAUAUACAUACACACACAUACCUAUAUUGUUGCUGAUUUUUUAAUGAAGGCUAUAGUUCCAUUUUUACAAAUAAAUACAAUAUAAAUAUUAUAAUUAUUGAUAGCUGAUGAAGGUAAAGUAAGACCGAAACGUUCCGUCUUACAGUAUUGUUAUUAAUACUACAAUAAAUUUAUAUUUUAUAAAUAAUAA